AUGCCGUUCGUGGCAGGAGGGAGAGAGAUGACGGACGCGACGAGGAGGCGGCUUCAGUCACGGGCCCCUCAGAAGAAAACUAGUUCCUCGCGGCCGAAGACAAAGACGUCGCUCGCGGCCGAGGGUGCAUUAGCACUAGAGGGUGCCCUCGAUGUGACCCCUCUGUCGAAGAGGCCAAGGGGGCCGAACGAGGAAGCAGCUGUCCUCGUGCCCGACGAUGAUGAGGAUACCGAGGCUGCCCCAGUGAACAUUGCCUGCCCUCGGAAGGUGGUGCCGUUCGUGAACUGCUUCAUUGAGGGCGCUCAGAUGGAGCUGCCAGAGCUGGAGCAGUUGCCGAUGAAGUCUUUGCGCGAACAGGCUGGUCGAGCCUUCCGCCUCCAGGCUGCCGCGAACAUAGAGAUGUGGCUUGGCAUGAAGCGGGCUGUCAAUACGGCCGAGCGUGUCCAGAAAAAAUAUGAGGAUGGCCGAGCCAAAGUUUCCGAGGCUGGUAAGCUGAUACAGGAUGCUGAUCAGCACGCAGAGGAGAACACAGCCAAGAUUGCCGAGCUAUCCUCCAAGUUGGCGGAGGCGGAGAGGGUGGCAGUGGAUGCCGAUGAGGCGAGGGCGAGGGUAGAGGCGGCGAAGGAGGCCGUGCUUCAGUCUCGGGCGACGGAGGUGGAAGAGGCCAAGAAACAGGCCAUAGCUGAGUACCGAGACUCGCCUGAGUUCGUGGCAUUCCUUGACAAGGAGGUGAUGGUGCAGUGCGAGGAUCUCAUCUACCGGUUCAAGUGUUUUAAUGCUGAUAAAAAACUGAACUUGAACUUCCUCCGGGAACCUCCGCCGUUGCCCGAGAGGGUGACCGAGGAGAUGGUGGAGGCGUACGUCGGGGAGGAUGUCGAAGUGGAGACCUUGAGUGGCUCGGAGUCAGACAGUGGGGAAGAAGAAGCUACUCAACCUCCCGAGCCAUCGAGUGUCCGAGACACCGAAGUGCCAGCCCCACCUGCUGCCGAGGACGAUCAUCCUACUCCUUAA